UCUAUCAAGGUGCCCCGAGGAAGUGGACGCGCAGAGAGCAGAGCAAGAGGGAGCGGCACAGUGACUCCAGCGGUGCUGGGCAUGGCUGGCUGGCUGCCGCGGUCCCAGGAGGACGUCGCAGAGCAAGUGGCUGCAAAGGAGCCGAUCUACUUUGGUGGGCUGUAGAGGCAGCUUUACCUUCAAAGACUCACAUGAAGAGCUUCUGUACCUGAUGGUUCUUCCAAACACCCCAAAUGGCCCAAUCACAGCUACUUUGCACGUGGUACUUGGACAUGUAAUCAUUGCUACAGAUAUGAAAGCGUAUGACAAAUGGAAACUAGUACCUGAAAGGAAUCGCUUAAAAUAGGAAAUCACUUGACUGCACAAUGGGAAUGUUUUGUUCAAUUGUCAGGUUUGAAAAUCUCCAUGAGCUGAAGAGACUGUGCCACUGGGGCCCUAUCAUAGCUCUCAGUGUAAUAGCAAUAUGUUCCACCAUGGCUAUGAUCGAUGCUGUUCUAUGGUACUGGCCUUUGGACACAACAGGAGGAAGUAUAAAUUUCAUCAUGCUCAUCAAUUGGACUGUUAUGAUUCUUUACAAUUACUUCAAUGCUAUGUUUGUGGGCCCUGGAUAUGUUCCCAUAGGAUGGAAGCCAGAAAACUCUCAGGACUACAUGUAUCUUCAGUACUGUAAAAUAUGCCAGUCUUACAAGGCUCCACGUUCACAUCACUGCCGAAAGUGUAACAGGUGUGUGAUGAAGAUGGAUCAUCACUGUCCUUGGAUCAACAACUGCUGUGGCUUUCAGAAUCAUGCCUCCUUCACGCUCUUUCUCCUGCUAGCCCCACUUGGAUGUAUCCAUGCUGCUUUCAUUUUUGUUAUGACCAUGUAUACUCAGCUUUAUAACAGGGUAUCAUUUGGCUGGAGUUCUGUAAGGAUUGAUAUGAGUGCAGUCAAAAGAGACCCCCGCCCAAUUGUCCCUUUUGGAUUGUCUGCAUUUGCUGCAUCCUUAUUUGCCUUGGGACUAGCACUGGGGACAACCAUAGCAGUUGGUAUGUUGUUUGUUAUCCAGAUUAAAGUCAUUUUAAGGAAUAAAACUUCAAUUGAAUCAUGGAUUGAAGAAAAGGCCAAAGACCGUAUCCAAUAUUACCAAACCGGAGAAACCUUUAUUUUUCCUUAUGAACUGGGAAGCAAAUGGAAUAACUUCAAGCAAGUGUUCACUUGGUCUGGAAACCCGGAGGGAGAUGGUUUGGAAUGGCCCGUUAAAGAAGGCUGUCAUCAGUACAGUCUGACGAUAGAGCAGCUGAAACAAAAAACAGACAAGCGAGUGAGAAGCGUGCGGUACCAAGCAAAAGAAGACUACAGUGGUGCCUGCUGCCCGCUUACAAAAGGCUUGAGGACCUUCUUCACAACUCCAUGUACUGAAGAACCAAGAAUUGCACUUCACAAAGGAGACCAGAUUUUAGCUACCAGAGGCUUGAAACACUGGAUGUAUGGAGACAAAAUUAUUGACUCGACAACUGAUGAUGGGAAGAGAAUCAGAGGCUGGUUCCCAAGAAGGUGUGUAGAGAAAUGCCUCUAUGAUGGUGAAACUAAUCAGCCAUUAGAUAGAGAAAAGAAGACCAGAUAGCCCUUUCCUUUUUUGUAGUAGUAGUAAAUGGAAACGUUCCUUUUGGACUACUGUCCUUUUACUUGAAAUGUUCUGUAUAUUAGGAUAAAUUGACACAUCAAACAAAGAGUAUGUAUGUGUGGAUUCAUAAGGAUGAGUGUCCCAGUGCCAUAACCUUAAUACCUUUUGCCAUUUUUAAAGUGGAGGAAGCUGUCUGUGGUUACCUUUUUGAUAUUAAAGUCUCACAGUCCAGAACA